AUGGCGGUCGCAGCCGCAACCGGCUGGUUCUCUGUGCUCACCUCCAACGGCACUUCCCGUUAUUCUUUGACCUCCCAACGUCUCUUCGCCACGUCUCGAAGACCCACUUGUUUCUUCAUUACCACAGCCACCAAUCAAAAUCAAAAUCAAAAUUCAAAGAAAAGAACUCCCAAGAUUUCUCCAUCUCCUCCCCGUAAAUCCACUACGGAGAUUCAGAAAGAAGCUGUUUCGCAGAAGUUUCCUGAAAGAUCAAAGGAUGAAAGACCGUAUUCCAAUGCCGAUGGUCAUAGUGGAAGAAGUAAAACUGGGCGAUCGCAAUCAACUGCAUUUAAAUCGUUUGGUGGUCAAAGAAAAGGCUCCAAGGGGUUCCUGUUGGACUCAAAAGAGCAGCAGCAGGUAGAAACAGGUAAUAUUCGAGAUGCAGCUUUUCUCAAUGCUGUUGUGAAGUUGUUCCUAGAAAAUGUUGAAAAUAGCUUUUCAGAAGAACUAUGCGAUGAACUUGCAUUUAUGAUCAGUGAUGGGAAGCUUUUGACAAAUGCGCAUUGUGUUGAACAUAAUACGCAGGACUACUGUAAGCAUUUAAGUUCUUAUCUUGUUAAUGCUAAAGAAAGUAUCAUGGAGGGUGAUAAUGGAGAUGAUGUUACUUACAUAAAUAAAGUGGAUAGGGCCAUAAGUGGUGACUAA